AUGGAUCAUAGUGUGUGUUACAUUUCUGACAGUCAGUUAAUUAAAGAAUGCUGCAAAAUUCCAAAUAUUUCAAAAAGAGCCUAUUUAGUUGAUAGUCUCAUUAAGGCAUAUCAUCUAUCUGAUCACAUGGAUGUACUUAAAGUGAAUCCUUCGUCAUAUGAAGAUCUUAUAGGAUUCCAUUCUAGUGCAUAUGUUGAUUUCCUAAAAAAAUUAAAUGACAACAACUGUUCUCUCUCGGAUAUUGAAGAUGAAUAUGGAAUAGGUUAUGAUUGUCCAGUUGUAAAAGAUAUAUGGCAAUUUAUUACAUAUAUCUCUGGUGCUUCGUUAACUGCUGCAAAAGCAUUAACAACUAUGCAAUGCAGAUAUUCCAUCAACUGGUGUGGGGGUUGGCAUCAUGCACUAAGAGAUUCUGCUCAAGGUUUUUGUUAUGUAAAUGAUAUAGUCCUUGCCAUUGAAAUGUUAAGAAAAACAUUUGGGAAGGUGUUAUAUAUUGAUAUUGAUGUUCAUCAUGGCAAUGGUGUUGAGUAUGCAUAUAUGGCUACAGACAAAGUUCUUACGCUUUCAUUUCAUCAAUAUGAACCGGGUUUUUAUCCUACAAGUGGAUCAUUGGAUGAUAUCGGAAUAGAUAAAGGAAAAUAUUAUACUGUAAAUGUUCCACUUAAAGAAGGGAUAAAUGAUGAUAAAUACAUAACAAUGUUUCAAAAAAUUAGUAAUAUGGUGAAUAGUUCCUACAACCCAAAAUGUAUUGUUGUCCAAUGUGGAGCGGAUAGUCUAGUCGGAGACCCAAUUGGUGGAUUUAACUUGACACCAAAAGCAUUAGCGGAAUGUGUGAAAAACGUAAUGAAAUGGGAAAAACCUACAUUAUUUCUUGGCGGAGGCGGAUAUAAUGAAGCAAAUGUUGCACGUUGUUGGACAUAUUUAACUGCAAUUAUAACUGGACAAGAUGAUUUAUUGUCAAGUGAUAUACCAGAUAAUGAGUAUUUUUCGGCUUAUGGUCCAGACUUUACUUUUGAUAUCAAUCCAGGAAAUCGAAAAGAUUUUAAUUCAUUUAAUAAUUUGAAUCACAUUUUCAGUGUUAUUGCAAAUAACAUGAAAAUAGUAAAAGAAUUAGUACGCAAGCAAGAAAAAUAA